GAGAAUAAAAUGUUUAUUUUUAAAUUAUGUGAAUAAUGGAAAUAUUCAGUAAUAUUUUUUUACAAUUUAAAACGAGAAAAUAGACUACUUUGGCCAUGCUGCUAUAGUCUCACAUUGUAGGAACAUAUUAUUUCCGACUUGGCGAGUCGAAGAGAUUUGAGAGUAGAACCCAUGAUCAUGACGAACGGCGUGAGUGGCGUAAAUAAAAACAUUUGUUGAAAUACCGACAUUAAAUAACGUCUUACAAACAAGUCAAGGGAAAUGGAUGUGCUCCAGAGGAGAGUGCUUCAAGAGGAUGCAGUCCACUACAAACUCUUUCCGACCCAGCCCGUCAGUUCUACGGUACAACAGAUUGAGGAGCGCCUCUCGUGCCUUGUGGAGGAGAUCCUUGCAAAAGUAGCGACUCUGUCCACGCAGUACAUCUGGCAGAAUCAGCCAUUCAACCUCAAGUAUUAUCCUGAGAAAGGGGGUAUACCAGCUCAUAUUGGUGGCAGCACCCAGUUCGGUGACAAUGUGGAAGAUGAGUGGUUUAUCGUUUACCUUCUGAAGCAAAUCACAGAGGCUUUUCCAGAGCUUGUUGCAAGCGUUGAGGACAACGAUGGGGAAUUCCUUCUAAUUGAAGUAGCAGAUUAUCUCCCAAAAUGGCUGAAUCCGGAAACUAGUGAGAACAGGGUGUUUCUGUAUCGCGGUGCGUUGCAUCUCUUGCCCUGUCCUUCGCGUUCCAGUCAGACGGGGAUCCCGAAGGAUGUGGUACCGAGUGUUCCACAAGCUCUAGCGUUACUCUCCUCCCAGCCGGAAGCAUGCCGGGCGAGCUCCAAGAUUACCUGCGCCCUGAAUAAGCGGAUGGAUGGGUAUCCGGAAAAGAUUGCAGUCAGCCUGCACCGCGCCCACUGCUUCGUCCCGGCGGGGGUGGCCAUGGUUUUGGAGCAGCGGCCCAAUCUCGUCGCCCCGGCCGUGUCCGCCUUUUACCUGCGAGACCCCAUCGACCUCCAGGCGUGCCACAAUUUCAAGAAUUUCCCGCCUGACACCCGGCUCUUAACCUCGGUAACGUUCACUCGGUGCUUGUACGCUCAGCUGCAGCAGCAACACUUCGUCCCGGACAAGAGGAGCGGCUUCACCAUGCCUGCGCGCUCGGACCCGCUGCACAAAGCAUACGAUCUUGGCAUGAAGCUGGCCCACGGCUUUGAGAUCCUGUGCUCCAAGUGCAGGCUGCCGUCUUCAGAGGGAGACGUCCCGGUCAGCUGCAACUCUCAGUGGAAAAGGUUUCUGCAAAGUCUGAAGAGCAACGGUUACUUCCGCGAAGAGAUGGAGGGUUCGUCAGGUUGGCGACAGCUGAUGACCUCAGCAGAACAUUUCUUUAGACAGUCGGUCACCUCAAAAUCCAGUGAGAUGUCUCCUGGGGAGGAGGUUCUCCAACUGCUGAAGUCCUUUGAUCCCACCAAUUUGCAGGAGCUGAGGAAGCGAGAGGCACAGCUCCCGCAAGAGGACAGUGACAGUUGGCUGGAUGUCACCGCCGCGGAUUUGGAGCGCAUGCUCGAGGAAAGGGCCGGGUCUGGAUCAGGCGUUACAACGGGGAAACGCCCUCAGUCCGCCAGGCAAGCAGAGAACACCGGGAGUACGGAGACUGGGGACAGCGAGGAAGAAGAGGAGGCCGGUUACAGUCUGCUGGGAGUCAGCCGGAGGAUGGAGGGGUUCCUUAAUGCAAAGUCAUCGUACAUGGGGGCAGAGUUGCCUCGGAACUCUUCAUGCGGUCAUCCUUUCACCUACGACACAGCAACCUUCAUAAGUGAAUUGGAACGAAUUUUAGACACAAGUGACGUAGAAACGCUCGAUUCGGAUGAUCUUCAGGAAGAUGAGUGGGCGGAAGUAGGGGAGGAGGAUGAAGAACUAGACGAGGCACCCUCUGCUCCUGGGGAAAUAAAUGGGAUGGAGGCUUUGAAUACGAUUAAAGGAUACAUGGAUCAAAUGGACCAAGAGCUGAUGAACACACAUAUCGGACAAAGCUUUAAUCAGACAAGCUCUCCGUCGGCCGAUCCACCGGCCACACGGCCCCUCUCGAACUCGGCCGAGGAUGCGGAGAUCCAGCCUCUGGAUGUGGACCUCAACCUGGUCACCAACCUCAUGGAGUCCCUCAGCAGUCAGGAAGGGCUGGCCGGACCCGCCUCCAACUUGCUGCAGAGUUUGGGGAUACACCUCCCCCUGAACUCGGACCGCUCAUAGCAGCUAAUGAGUCCUUAAUGAGUGAGGAAAAGUUGUUAUUCAAAUCUAAAGGAAGAAUGAACAUUUUGAGACUUAGAUGCAUCUGCAGUUAUUACAUAUUAUGACAUACAUCAAAGUUGCAGUGAAUGAAUGCACGAUCCUAAUAAGGUUUUAAAUAAUGUGUAGAGAUCAUUUGACUCUGCUUAACAUUUGUUUGGC